GCGUGAGCGGCGGCGGCGCAGGGAGGCCCGGCUCCUCCUGCGCCUCGACGCUGCCAGGUGCCUCCUGCAGGGGCACCACGGCGAGAGUACCUUGCAGGGCAGCGUGGCGCCCAAGCCGCGGCGCGCCGAGCUUGCCAAGAAGUGGACGUGCAGGUUCUGCAAGCGUCCCCGCACUGGGGAGGAGUGGUGGAAUCGCUCCGAUGCGCCCAGCUCCGGCCAAUGUGGGCGCUCCAAGGGGGUGUGCUACAAGGCCGACCUCCAGCCCAAGGGAGCCUGCCCCUCGAAGUCGGCCAAGGCGGCGGCCGCUGGUGGCAGCAGCGCAGCACCGCCCUGGCUCACCUCCAAGCUGGAGAAGCUGCAGGCCGAGCUUGACAAUUCUCCCAAGGCCGAGGCCCAACUCAGGGCCGCCCAGCAGAAGCGGGACCAGGAGGAGUCCAUGCAGGUCGACGGUGGCGCGAUGCCAGCGGACGGCGGCAGGCUCCGCAACAUCAUCAAGGACCUGGACAAGCAGCUGGCCCAAGUUGCUCAGUGGGAGGGCCCUCACUGGGACACGCUGCGAACCAAGCUCAGGGCUGAUCGCGAGGAGUGCCAUCAGAAGCUGCAGAUGGCGAAGCCGCCGCUGCAGCACAUGUCGGCGCUCACGCAGCGUAUCAAGAAGCACGAGGACCUCAUCGCCAAGCAGGAGGCCACGCUCGAGGGGCACGUGGCCGCCCUGGCCAAGAUGGAGGAGAUGCGGCUUCAUCACCAGCAGCUCCUGCAGGAGCAGAGGGCCGAGCUGGUCUCCCUCAGCGCCGAGCUCCACGAGCUCACCAAGGCGCAAGUGGUGCCGCCUGCAGAGCCGGCCCUCCAGAGCCCGGUGCUGCCGCUCGUCGGCUACGAUGUUGCCAAGCUUGGGGAGCUCUUGCACAGCCCGGGCAUGGAGCAGGCGCAGGCUAGUGAUCUGGGGCCCAAGCUGUUGGCCCGCAUCUCGGAGUGCACCACCCAGCAGGUCCUCCCCCUGGGCCAGUUCGCGCUGCCCCCGGCAGGCGCUGCGAGCGGAGGUCGCACGGCUCCAGCUGGCGUGUCUGGAGCGACGCCGCUGGAGAUCACGCUGGCGGCGGUGUCCGGCCAGGUCGCGCAGUUGGCCACGACGCAGCUGGACGCCAUCUUCGAGGCCCAGGAAGGCAUCCUCUCAGAUCAUUGUGACGACAUCGUCGACAGGCCGAGUCCGGGGCCAUGGCCGAGAAUUGCGGCCACGUUGGGAGGGCACUCUGUCGAGCGGCCUAAGGGCUUGCUGGUCGCGGCCAACGGCGACAAUUUUGGCCCUGCCAAGGCUUUCUUGCAGCAGGCGAGCCCCCUGGUCAAGGCGGUGGCGGUUCAGGAGCAUCACGUCUUGAAGUGCAACCUCCCGGGGGCCGAGCGGGGCCUCAAGGAUCUCGGCUACCGCGGCAUCAUGGCCCCUGCGAGCCCUACCACCAGCGGGGGCAGCGCAGGCGGCGUAGCCGUGCUAGCGCCGUCGCACGUGGCCAUCAGCACGCCGCCUCCGCCGCCCGAGGGAUGGCCGGAGGGCCUGCCGGGGUUCGUCGCCGAGGCCCGCACUGCGGCGGCCCAUGUGCAUUGGGGGCCCCCUGGAGGCCUGGUCUUGCUGUCGGCCUACUUCCACACGGGCGUCGGCAUGGACAAGCAGAACACUGAUCUCAUCCACUGCCUGGCCCGGUACUUGGUGGUUGUGAUGGCGGCGGGACUCGACUGGGUUGUCAUGGGCGACUGGAACAUGACCCCUGCCGAGCUUGAUCGGCGCUGGAUCAACACGCUGGGCGGGGUGUUGGCAGCCACCGAGGCGCCCACCUGCAUGAAGACCCUGCCUGGGCGCGUCAUCGACUACGCGGUCGUCAGUACCAACCUCCUCAGUCGCAUCGACAGGCCUUGGAUCGACGAGGCGUCGGCGCUGCCCGUGCACACCCCUGUGGCAUUGCCGCCCCUGGCGGGGGACAGGAUUCUCUGGCAGAGGGUACCUGUGGAGCCUGCGCCCCUCCCUGAGCUCCGCCCUGGUUGCAGUCGGCCGCCGCUGCAUUGGCACGACGUCCAGUGCGCUAUCCUGCAGGAUCGCGACGAUGAGGCGCUGCAGUGCUGCUGGGAUCUCGUCCUCGAGCGCCUGGAGGCCGAGCUGCUCGAUCGCUGGGGCCUGGUCGACGGGCCCACUCGUUGCCGGUGCGAGGGCCGAGCGGGCCCCACCAGUACGAAGUGGGUGCAGGUUAAGUGGCAGCCUCCCCGCAAACGCCCCCGGCCCACGCCGCAGCUCCUGGCCUGGACCUCGGUCGCUCGCUGGGCCAAGCAUCUGCUUCGAGCCCGUGCCCACCUCGCCAAGCUGGUGGCCACGGUGGCGGCAGACCCUGGGCCGCGGCCCCCUGGGCUGGCCAAGAAUCUGGAGGUGCUCGACGCCUUCUUCCAGCGCAUCGCCACGGCGGCUCACGUCUGGCAGGCGGUGCCGUGUGAGGUGGGCCAGCUCUUCGCCUUGGGCCCCAGUCUGCUUUGCCUCACACGCUUCGAGGACAAAAUGAUGGACCUCGUCGCCACCUUCAAGGACCUCAGCGCUAAGCACACCAAUGCCGUCAGCCAGCGCUGGCGCACCUGGGUGGAUGCGUCCUUUCGGUCUGGGGCCAGCGGUGCGCAUCGAGCGACGCGACUUCAGGAGCGGCUGGAGAUCCUCGCACCGACCAAAUCGGCGCAGCCUCACGAGUUAGCAGACGCCGAGAUGGACCAGUGGGAGAAGAUUUGGGGCUCGCACGCGGCCAGUUGGUUGGCCUUGCCCGGGGGCGCGGCCUCCUGGGAGGCCUUGCCGCCCAUCUCAGGCGAGGAUGUGCCCGAGGCCAUCUUCACGGUUUCCUGGCGCACGGCUACUGGUCAGACACGCUUGCCUUCUCGGGCAUUGUGGUUCUUGUCUGACGAGGCGUUCCAAUACAUGGCGCUGCUCUUCAUGCGAUGCGAGGACCAUCUGUGCUGGCCAUCGGACCGCAUCAUCAAUGUAAUGGUCCGCAUCCCGAAGGCUGAUGGGGGCGCGCACCUCAUCGCACUGGUCUCGACCUUGGUCCGCGUCUGGGCCCGCGUACGCAGGCCCUUGGCCCUCGACUGGGUCAAGAAGCACCCUCACCCUUGCAUCUAUGGGUUGAGGAAGGGCUUCUCCUCGGUCGACUCGGCCUACCUCCUGGGGCUCUCCAGCGUCACCGUGAUCCUGGACAUGUUCAAGGCCUUUGACAGCGUGUUGCUGGCGCCUCUACUUCAGGAGGCGCGCCGCCUGCACUUCCCGCUCAGGCUGGUCUGGCAGCUGAUUGGCUACUUCAGGCAGCCGCGCGUCAUUCGGGCCUACGGCAGCUGGAGCAGGCAGGUCGUCACCACCCAGAGCAUACUGACUGGUUGCACCUACAGUUCGGCGCUGCUCACGGUCCUGCUCUUCCGUGCCAUCACGCGCCGCCAGCAGAUCUCGGAUGCCAUAGUCCCCCGUGGGCUCAUGGAUGACCUUACCUUGCAGUGGAUUGGCGAGGCCAUCGGCGCGGGCACCUUGGUUCUCCAUCAGGCGGUGGUGCAGUUCGUGAAGGAUGUCGAGCCCCUUGGCAUGGAUAUCAAACCAAGCAAGUCGGGCUGGCUGGCCACCACGGCAUCAGCCCAGCGCGCCUUUACGCACGCCAUUUGUGGGGUUGGAGCUGACUCCAUAACGUUCCAUCUCGCCACGCAGCGCGACCAGUACUUUGACCCGAUUUUCGACACGCUGCCCCUGGCGCAGUUGCAGCGCGCCUGGUGCGUCCUCGAGGCAACGUGGCUCCUGGAGAAGCCCACCUGGAAGGGCGUGCGGGGCCCCCUGGCGGCAGCGUGGAUGAGCCUCCUCCGCAUUGGGUGGACCACGCACUCGAGCCUCAUCCUGGUCACCGACCAGGGCGCCAUCAUCUCCCUCUUGCGAACGGCGCCGAAGGACGUGCGCCACCUGCUGCGGGAAGGCCAUCAGUUCUACGAGUGCCAGCACACGCUGCAGCACCACAGCGAUGACUCCAUGGAGCCGCUUUCAGAGGAGCUGGAGCGCGUCAGGGAGAGUCUUGCCAAGACGUGCCACCUCGGCUGCGCGGACGCCAGCUACGACCGGUUUGACUUGGUGGUCGGGCUGCCGCUGAUGCCGCCCAUGCACCCCGCACCAGAGGCCACUGCCGAGGUCCACUUCUGGGGCGACUGGGCCUCGACGACUCGCUGUAACCACGCGGUCGCUUACACCGACGGUUCUGGCUACGACGCGGAGUGGCCCGAACUCUGCCGCGGUGGCUGGGCGGUCGUGCAGAUGGGCCCUGACAACAGGCCCGUCCGUGCCAUUUACGGCGUACUUUCGGGGCCGAGGCAAACUGUUGGCCACGCAGAGAGAACCACUAUGCUGAUGGGCCUCAGGCAUCUCCCUUGGCUCUCCCACAUCGUCUCUGAGCUGGAGUCGCUGGUCAAUGAGGGCAACGCGUGGGGCGACAGCCUGGCCAGCUCGCCCAACCAGUACGCUGACAUCUG